AUGGACUAUACCAUGUUCGGAAAACACAACGCGACCCUACAGCGGCAGAUACACAGACAGCGUGGACUGACUAACAUCCGUUUUGCAUCGUCAAAACCACACACUGUUGUAGCUGGCAAUAGAGUGAGAAAUACAAAGGACAUUCAAUCAGAGAAGAAUACGCUAUCCACAGCUGAAAUCAGUUCUCGCAAUGUUGGUAUUAAGAAUGAUAAUGCAGCAGAUGUACGUGUUGGAGAGAAUGAUGAUAGUACUACUAUCACCUUUGGCAAAAUCAAAGAGGUUGAACAGUUUAAAGAAGCGAUGAGUACCAUCUAUGGACUGAAGCUACAGGAUCAGAUACGAGCCGUGGACAUGUUUCUGAAGAUGGAAAAGCACAAUUUAAAGCCUGGAGACCAGGCUUACAACGCUAUGUUCCACGCCUACAGGGUGAACAACGACAUGGAGGGAGCCAUGUAUCUGCUGUCGGUGAUGAAGAAGAGAGGAUUGCAACCGAGCCCGUUGUCCAAGCGGUCGCUGAUCCCAAUGCUCGCGUACUAUGGGACUUCUAAAACAAACAGUGCCGUAUCCACUUCAGGCGGACGAGUUGUGUACUCAAGCACAACGUACACCAUGAUGCUGGAUCAUUACAUUAACACUAAGAACUACACCAAGGCCAUUGAGGUGGGUAGCAUUGUGCCAGAAGCACGGCUUGAGGGGCAGGUACUAAGGCGUAUGCUGAUAGCGUACAGGUAGGUUGAGUGCGAUUGCUAUGUAGCUGAAUGUAUGGGCAUAUACGUAGAUACAUGUGGAUGUAUAUGUGUAUGUGUGGCUGUC